AUGUCAUUGAUCUAUCUAUCUAUCUAUCUAUCUAUCUAUCUAUCUAUCUAUCAUUUCACCUACCAUUAUCCCUUGUUUGUUUGUUUCUUUUUUCUUUCCUUCUUUCUUUCUUUCUUUUUACUAUCUAUCUAUCUAUCUAUCUAUCUAUCUAUCUAUCUAUCUAUCAUUUCACCUACCAUUAUCCCUUGUUUGUUUGUUUCUUUCUUUCAUUCUUUCUUUCUUUUUAACAUCUAUCUAUCUUUUCUAUUUCUCUUUCUUUCCUAUUUUCAUUCAUUAAUUAAUUCAUUCAUUCUUUCUUUCAUUCUUUCUUUUUAUUCCUUUUCAUCUUCCUUUAUUCUUUCUUUCUUUUGUGCCCCCUUCCAUGCAUUUUUCAUCUUUUUUCUUUUUUCCUGUCUGUCUUUCUUUCUUAUUUUAAUCUAUUCUUUCUUUCUUUCUUUCUUUCUUUCUUUCUUUCUUUCUUUCUAUCUAUCUAUCUAUCUAUCUAUCUAUCUAUCUAUCUAUCUCAGUCUCUUCAAUCUAUCUAUCUAUCUAUCUAUCAUUUCACCCACCAUUAGCCCUUGUUUGUUUGUUUGUUUCUUUUUUUUCGUUCUUUCAUUCUUUCUUUCUUUUUUUUAUCUAUCUAUAUAUCUAUCUAUCUAUCUAUCUAUCUAUCUAUCUUCAUUCAAUCUAUCUAUCUAUCUAUCUAUCUCUUCAUUCAAUCUAUCUAUCUAUCUAUCUAUCUAUCUAUCUAUCUAUCUAUCUAUCUAUCUAUCUAUCCCAGUCAUUUCGUUAUCUAUCUAUCUAUCUAUCUAUCUAUCUAUCUAUCUAUCUAUCUAUCUAUCCCAGUCAUUUCGUUAUCUAUCUAUCUAUCUAUCUAUCUAUCUAUCUAUCUAUCUAUCUAUCUAUCUAUCUAUCAUUUCACCUACCAUUAGCCCUUCUUUAUUUGUUUCUUUCUUUCUUUCUUCCUUUUUCUUUCUUUCUUUCUUUCUUUCAAUCAUUAUAUCGUUUUGUCUUCUUUUUUUUUUUUGGACUCGCCAUUUUGAUUGGCACAUUUUCUCCUCUUUUCUUUCGGCUCCAUUUUUCUCUCUUUCAUUUUCCAUUUGCAUUUCAUUUCUGUCUUGCUUUGCAAUCAUUACUCGUUUCUUUGAGUUGUUUUCGUCUUGUUAUUCCGCAGAGAGGCAGAAUAUUAGAAUUAUCAUGAUUGAGUCACGUCUUUUUUCCCCCUUCAAUGAUGGUGUUGAAUUUAUCUAUCUAUCUAUCUAUCUAUCUAUCUAUCUAUCUAUCUAUCUAUCUAUCUAUCUAUCUAUCUAUCUAUUCAACACCAUCACUUGA